UGUCGCCGUAACACCUGUCGAAGAUGGGACCGAGAUGGACUUUAGUGACCCAUUGUGUACGGAGAACCACGACGGAAGCCUGUACGAAGUGACCGCAGAUGAAACCUGCCAAGCGACCGGCGGCGUGUCCGUGAACGGCAGUGGCGGUGGCCGGCGGGAGCGGCGCAAGCAGCGUCGCUACCGCACGACGUUCAGCAGUUUCCAGCUCGAGGAGCUCGAGAAAGCGUUCCAACAGAGCCGCUAUCCGGACGUGUUCGCCAGGGAGGACCUGGCUGCCAAGAUACAGCUGACCGAAGCGAGAGUGCAGGUGUGGUUCCAGAACCGGCGGGCCAAGUUCCGCAAGCAGGAGCGCCACGACGCCAAGCGGCUGUCUUCCUUGCUUGCCGAAGCCAGCAUCCUGGCCAGCGAAGGCAAUAUCGACUCGGCGGUCGCCGUCGACGGGCUGGCCGGCAUAAGCGUAGACGUCCUCAAAGGUCUCCUCACAGCAGAUCCCUUGGACGCCAGGCACUGCGUCGCCGUAACACCUGUCGAAGAUGGGACUGAGAUUGACUUUAGUGAUCCAUUGUGUUCGGAGAACCACGACGGAAGCCUGUACGAAGUGACCGCAGAUGAAACCUGCCAAGCGACCGGCGGCGUGUCCGUGAACGGCAGUGGCGGUGGCCGGCGGGAGCGGCGCAAGCAGCAUCGCUACCCCACAACGUUCAGUGACUUCCAGCUCAAGGAGCUCGAGAAAGCGUUCAAACAGAGCCGCUAUCUGGACAGGUUCGCCAGGGAGGAACUGGCUGCCAAGAUACAGCUGACCGAAGCGAGAGUGCAGGUGUGGUUCCAGAACCGGCGGGCCAAGUCCCGCAAGCAGGAGCGCCACGACGCCAAGCGGCCGUCUUCCUUGCUCUCCGAAGCCAGCAUCCUGGCCAGCGAAGGCAAUAUCGACUCGGCGGUCGCCGUCGACGGGCUGGCCGGCAUAAGCGUAGACGUCCUCAAAGGUCUCCUCACAGCAGAUCCCUUGGACGCCAGGCACUGCGUCGCCGUAACACCUGUCGAAGAUGGGACCGAGAUUGACUUUAGUGACCCAUUGUGUUCGGAGAACCACGACGGAAGCCUGUACGAAGUGACCGCAGAUGAAACCUGCCAAGCGACCGGCGGCGUGUCCGUGAACGGCAGUGGCGGUGGCCGGCGGGAGCGGCGCAAGCAGCAUCGCUACCCCACAACGUUCAGUGACUUCCAGCUCAAGGAGCUCGAGAAAGCGUUCAAACAGAGCCGCUAUCUGGACAGGUUCGCCAGGGAGGAACUGGCUGCCAAGAUACAGCUGACCGAAGCGAGAGUGCAGGUGUGGUUCCAGAACCGGCGGGCCAAGUCCCGCAAGCAGCAGUGCCACGACGCCAAGCGGCCGUCUUCCUUGCUUGCCGAAGCCAGCAUCCUGGCCAGCGAAGGCAAUAUCGACUCGGCGGUCGCCGUCGACGGGCUGGCCGGCAUACGCGUAGACGUCCUCAAAGGUCUCCUCACUAACCGUUGGGAAUGUGGCAUACGGCGUGACUGAAAGAUAACUUUGGACAAUGGUACGUGGUGUCACAGUCGCUCGAAGUAGCCACAUUUAACUACUAACGUCGAUGUCUCCUUACAGAGAAUUAAGAUAGCAUUUUAUUACAGGCACAUGCCAGGUCAAGGGGCUUUAAAUAGGGGGUGGUUUACGUGCACGUGAACGAACAAGCAGCGGUGCUAUAUACUGUUUUUUUUUUCUGCAACUCAUAAUACUCAUCUUUCUCUGAUUAACGUGCGCUGUGCGUUUAAAGGAGUACUCACACAUAUUUUCAUUUGUAGAUGUUCUACUACUCGCUUUUCGCAUCUAAAAGGAUUGUGCUUAGCAAGUGUGAACGUUAAGAAAGAACUAUAGGUAGGGUUUAGCAUUUUCGGUUUUUAUUCUCACAUUAUUCAGCGUAAUUUUUGGCUUCUAUUUCCGCCUGAAAAUUUGGCUAUUCGCAGAAUAACACGCACAAUACGCAGAAUAACAACGUUUUUGAGAAGCAGUCUAGCGAGGGCACAAUGUCAUAUGGCUUAAGAGUGAGCUCUCAUAUUCGAAGUUUCAAACACAAAUAGGAAUGGUACUUUAUUUGUAACUCUAGGGGGGUGCAGCGCUCAAACGAAUAUUGAAGAUAAAGAAAAUUGUUCGGAAACCAUCGACGAUGAUUGUCAAUGUAAGCGAAUAUAACGAACGAACGAAUGAACGAUUUCGAUUUCGAUUUCCAUUUCAACUUCCAUUUCUAUUGCUCCACUGCCAGAUCUAAACCUUCAGACACAUCAAAGCUCACGCUGAAUAGCACGCGCGUAUCAAGGAGCUAUUGACCCUUUUCGCGGAGCAUUUUGUUUGAGAGAAACGAGAUGGCGCUCAUGGCGGCGCGCCAUACCUCUCCUCAGCGACCGCGCACGAAUACGAAACCAUCACCGCUUCUACCUUGCGAUCAGCUGUCGGAAAUGCAACGGAGUUUUCGCUAACACAAUGUGCUCCAAUCAUGCUAGAUUGAAUCAUGUGGAUUGAAGACGUGUGCAGUAGUUGGCUGCAAAAAUAGUGACUGGCAUGUUAAGGAAUAGAAUGAAUCUGUGUGGCCAAUUUCGCGGACCGCUGCUGCAACUGUCUGAACGUGUUACCGGCACUUCGUAAUGUACGACUUUCCUCAAGGAUACAGAAAUUUGCUCAUCCGCCAGCCUUGUAUCGCUAACCUUCAAAGAAAGGGCUUCAGCAACAGAACGUCGGCAAGAGUGAGUCAUCAUCAUCAUCAUCAGCCUAUAUUUAUGUCCACUGCAGGACAAAGGCCUCUCCCUGCGAUCUCCAAUUACCCCUGCCUUGCGCUAGCGUAUUCCAACUUGCGCCUGCGGAUUUCCUAACUUCAUCAUCCCACCUGACUUUCUGCCGUCCUCGAGUGCACUUCCCUUCUCUUGGUAUCCAUUCUGUAACCCUAAUGGUCCACUGGUUAUCCAUCCUACGCAUUACAUGGCCUGCCCAGCUCCAUUUCUUCCGCUUAAUGUCAACUAGAAUAUCGUCUACCCUUGUUUGUUCUCUGAUCCACACCGCUCUCUUCCUGUCUCUUAAUGUUACUCCUAAGAUUUUUCGUUCCAUCGCUCUUUGUGCGGUCCUUAACUUGUUCUCGAGCUUCUUUGUUGUCACUCCGGACUGCUUCACCAAGUACAAAACUAUUAGCAUAUACAUCAUUAGUUCGCUCAAUUCUUGAAUAUGGUAUUAUAGCUUGGUUUCCACACACGAAAAGAUGUAUUGAUAAAUUAGAAGCAGUACAAAGAAAAGCAAUUAGAUUUGUAUACAACAAGUAUCGACGCCGUGAUUCGCCUUCUGAACUCCUUGCAAGAGCAGGUCUUUUUACAAUAAACAAACGAGCAAAGCUUCUACGACUCAAGUUCGCAUUCCAGCUAUUAAAUAAUGAAGUAAACGGAAAUAGCCGCCGACUUCUGUCGUUCUCAGAGACCAGGCCCACUAGAACAAAACAUAGUAAACACUUGAAAGAGUAUAGAUUCCACAAUGACACAUUUAAGUUCUCAUUUUUUCCACGGGCAAUAACAGAAUGGAAUGCACUACCAGAAGACGUCGUUGGUAGCAGUUCAAGUGAUAUAUUUGUCUCAAGACUAACUAAUUAUAUUUCUCUACUGCCUUAGCUUGAAAGAUUAAAAGUAUAUAUCAGUGUUUUUCAAGUGUUUUUCAUGCCAGUGAUUGUUUGUGAAAAGGUUUCUUUUUUAUGUUUACAGUGUUAUUAUUACCUUUGUGUAUAUGAAUUGCAUACAUUUAUAUGACUUGCAGGAAAGUGUCUGUACUGCCUUUAUUACUUGUCCACAAUAUUUGGAAUUGUUAUUAACAGAAACUGUUUGGUAAUGUUAUUAACGGAAACUGUUAAUCAAGUUUGAUACCACUCUCACAGUUGUAUUUGUGUCCCGACCCUGCUACAGCCUUACAUAUAAGGCUAGCAGUAUGUAUUAAAUAAAUAA